GAUUUUCUGUGAAAACACUGGGGUGGGGUGGGGUGUUCCACCUAUGGAUCGGCACAUUCAACAAGUGAAAAGGGGUAAAUGUGAGUCAGAACAUAAUGAAAAUAAUUCACUUAAUAAUGGCAGGGUCGAUUCUGUCCUUACAAAAUAUGGGAAGACAAUCUAAAUUACCUAUAUAACUGCACUCAUUAUAUAAUGCAAAUUAAGUUGCUUAAAAGUUGGUGGGGAAAAUUUGAGCAUCCUGAAAGUUGGUAGUGCUAUGUCCCUACUGUGACCCAGACUUCGUGUCACAGUGAAAGUGAAAGUGAUUUUCUGUGUUUCAGCCUUUCAAUCUCACUGCUGACAAUGAUGGACAAGUUUAAGACGGUCUUGAACAUCGCCAACCAACAGUCCAGCCUCGGGUUUGGGGUUGUGGCCCUGCUGACGGCCGGAGGGGAGCAGAUCUUCUCCACGGUGGUCUUCAAGUGUCCCUGCAGCCCAGACCUCAACUUUGUUUACGGAAUCGUGUUCUUGCUGGUUCCCGCUUUGGCCCUGCUGCUGCUUGGGUACAUCCUCAAUAAGAAGACCUGGAAGCUGUUCACAGGUGUGUGCCGAUCAGGAGAGAGGUCGUGCGGGUGCAGGAGGAUGUCUGCAGCCAUGUACGUCCUGUUCCAGAUCACCGCUUUUGCCCUGGUGGCCCCAUUGUCCUGGAUCGCAGUGGCUCUGCUCAGCGGAAACUACUUCGAGUGCGCAAUGACCGGGACCAGCAUGAACAGCUCUAACACGCAACAACUGUGUAAAGACACGUCUUCCCCGAAGCAGUGCCAGAAGGAGCUGUUCAGGUUCCCCUGCGGGAUGGGUAGUGGGGUCCAGGAGGCUGAGAGGGACCAGGUGCUUCUCACCCUCAAGGCUCGCUCCCAGGUCAGUGAUCCUCAUGUGCUCUUACGCACCUGUGACAACAAGAAAACUCUGAAAAUGUGAUUUUUUUAUUCUUUUUAUUUUGAUUAAAAAAAAAAAAAGAUGUGAGCUUGAAUUUAAAACAGAUGUUGAAAAUAUAUAUAUACACACACACACACACACACACACACACAUAUAUAUAUAUAUAUAUAUAUAUAUAUAUAUAUAUAUAUAUUCUUUUAAGCUUAUUCCUGUCAUUUUUUACAUGAGUAUUAUCUGUGGCCUGUGUAGUUUUUAUGGUGCCACAAAGUUUUUUAGGUAAAGGAAAAAUUCUAAAUAUUGAUCACACUGACAAAGCAUGGGGAUAUGGCAACAUUUUAUUGAACAUCUACAAUGAAAAGACAAGCAUAGAGAAAUUAUUACCAAUAUUUGACAAUAAUUUCCACAAAUAGAGUAUUUAUAUUGCAGACUUAUUUAUUCCUCCAAUACUUGAUAUAACUGUGUUUUAAGGGAUGUAACAUCUUUGCCCCACAGAUUCUGGGUUGGCUCCUCAUCGCCUCCAUCAUGUUGACCAACCUGCUGCUGACCUGCCUGGGCCGUUGCGCCUCUCCAAUCAGCUACCUGCAGCUCAAGUUCUGGAGGACGUACACUCAAGCGGAGAACAGCCUAAUCGAUUCUCACGCCACCAAACAUGCCAAAGAGCUUGCUGAGAGGAACGUGACGAGCUUCUUCACCAUGAGAUCACCUGAUGACAUCCAAACCCCGUCUAACGGAGACUGGGAGAAGAUCUCCUCCCUGUUCAAGUUCAGCUACAGAAAGCAGUACUACAGCACCCUGCACCGCUAUGUGGAGAGCUGCCAGCACGAUGAGAGUGGGGUCAGGAAGAUGGCGUCGGUCAAGUCGAUCGACUCAGAGACAGUCAACCCAGCUGUCCUGGGUUUUGUAGAUGAUGGCAAAAUUUAGGUGUGAAUGAUAUCUCUAAUUCCUGAUGGUCACUUUCUUCAUCUCCCUUUUUAAAAUCACCUAUAACACACAUAUAUCAUUGUUGUAGCCCCCUCCCCUAAAGUGAAAGGGCAUAUUUACAUUGUUUUAUGCUUAAUUUGCAUCUGGGGAUCUAUCAACUACCAUCUGGAGGUCAGCCUGAAACAAGAGUGUACGAAGUGCUUUGACAAGAUAAAGCUUCCUUCUCUAUGCGCUGUGUUAUUUACUGUCUGAAAAAAAUGACUGUGUGUCCUGAUCUCUAGUGAAGAGAAAUAUGUAUGUGUAUGCUGGUGUAUGUAUGUACACAUGUAUGUUGUGUACAUACAUACACCAGAUAUACUUAUUUUAUUUUAUUAUCUUUUUUUGCUUCUGUUUUGUACAGAUGUUUAUUUUUGUUUUUGCUUUUCUUGUUUGUUAUCUUUGAAAGUAUAUUCUUUACGUUCUGCAUAAAAGUGAAGAAAGGGUAGGUACAAUAAGGUACAAUAAGCCAUGGGCUUCAGCCUACACCUUUUUUUGCUCCAAUGAUUUAAAUGAAAUGAAAAGUGUAAUUAUAUAUAUAUUUUUUUUUUGGGGGGGACCAAAACUAAACUAAACUGAAAAAUUCACCCCUCCACACGUCUGUGCUGCAGCCAGAAACCCAAGAGGACACUGGAGGAUCUGAACUUUUUGUACUUUUAAAGAUGAAAUUGUGCCUUUUCUAAAAGAAAAAAAAAGGCUUUUCUACUUAAAUUAACACUUCCCUGUGUUACCUUGUCCUAACUAACCAGCACCACCCUGUGGUGGAAAUUAAACAGUGCAUCUAAUCUUCACGCAUUAUCAUGACUGUUCUAAUCUGCCACAUCUGCCAAAUGAAAUCACUGUCAUUCCUUGGUUCAUUGCUUUCUUUAAUAAAACAGCUAUUUACCUGUU